AUGGAUGACCUUUAUCCAUUUUCUUCUUUACAACAUAUCGACGAGCUGGUGUUUCAGAUCCCAUCUAUUCUCGGCCAACAAGACACAACCCAACAAGAUCUUGUUAUAAAUCAAGCUUCACUAGAGGGCAGUAAUCUCACCACAGGCAACCUACGAAAAAAGAGCCAGAAAUUUCCAGCCAUUCAAGAAAAUGACAGAAGUGCCGAGGAUUAUAAAGAGAAAAAACUCAUACACAGAGAUAUCGAACGAAAACGAAGGCAAGACAUGGCAAAUCUUUAUGCUUCUCUUCGUUCAGAACUCCCUCUUGAGUAUAUCAAGGGAAAGCGUUCAUUAUGUGAUCACACGGAUGGGGCUGUGAAUUAUAUACAAAAGCUGCAGCACAAAAUAGAAGAAUUGGGCAUCAAGAGAGACAAGUUGAAGAAGUUCUCCAAUUCAAGUUCCGUUGGCCCCGAAAACGAGAGCUCAAGUAGUUCUAUGCAUAAUAUCGUUAAGGUCAGCUCCUGCAAGGAUGGUGUUGAGAUCUUGAUUCACAUUGGCUACAUAGAUGAAGUGUUCCCCCUUUCAAGAGUGCUGGAAGUUCUCCUUGAAGAAAGAUUAAGUGUACAGGACAUUGAUCUUGUACCAUCAUCGGAAUUGAUUUUCAAAAAGUUCUCAUCGAGACCAUCGUUGAUAUCUUUAACUACUUUAUGGCUGAUAUUUUCAGAUUGUGGACAAUGGAGUCAUAUAUGGGCAGAUGACAAGGAACUGCUCAUUUGA